ACUCCCAUGGAAAAACCAGCAUCAGUAUCAAGCUCCAAAGAGCUUCAGUGCGUCGGAACUUUAGAAAUCGCAAAACCCAAACCAGUGGGUUUCCUCUGCGGUUCAAUUCCAGUUCCCACUGACAAAUCCUUCCAUGACGGCUUCAAUUCCGCUCUCGUCCCCUCCCCGCAAACAGUUAGCGCUCCUCGCUACAGGAUGCUGCCCACUGAAACGGAUCUUAAUAGGCUCCCCGUUGUGCCCAAUUUUCCGGAGAAGGUUCUCCCCUUUGGCGCCGUACAGUCUAAAGCCACUGAAGACAUUAGUAGAGAAGGUGCUAUUGCAUCAAAUCUUAGCAGGAGAUGUGAAGCCCUUGCUGUAUCUGGUUUGGUAGAAUAUGGAGAUAAGAUUGAUGUGAUUGCUCCAGCAGACAUUUUGAAACAAAUCUUUAAAAUACCAUAUUCCAAGGCUCGAUUAUCAAUUGCUGUUCACCGUGUUGGCAAGACUCUUGUUCUGAAUACUGGGUCUGAUGUUGAAGAAGGAGAGAAGCUGCUCAGAAGACAUAGCAGUCAAUCAAAAUGUGCAGAUCAAUCUUUAUUUUUGAACUUUGCAAUGCAUUCAGUUAGAAUGGAGGCUUGUGAUUGUCCACCAACUCAUCAUUCUCCACGUGAGAGGCAAUCAAACUCAUCAGUUCUUCCUGGGGAUGAUGCAUCCCAUUUUGUGAGACAAAGUGAUGAUGUUGCUCGAAAGAAUGAAUUUGAACAUUGUACGGAGUAUCCACAGGUCAAACAGGAUAGCUACAUUUGGGAAAGUACGAAGAAUAAGAGAAAUAAGGGCCAUGAUCCUGUUAAAAAGGCCUCGCAUGUUGGUGAAAAGCCUAGAUGCUCAAUUCAAGAGUCUGAAAAACAUAGGAGAGUUGGUAAUGAUGAAUUUUUAAGGGUUUUGUUUUGGCAAUUUCACAAUUUCCGCAUGCUACUGGGUAGUGAUUUGCUUCUGUUCAGUAAUGAAAAAUAUGCUGCUGUGAGCUUGCAUUUAUGGGAUGUCACACGACAGGUUACUCCUUUGACAUGGCUUGAAGCCUGGCUUGACAAUGUCAUGGCAAGUGUGCCUGAGUUGGCAAUCUGUUAUCAUGAAAAUGGUGUUGUUCAGGGUUAUGAGCUUCUGAAAACAGAUGAUAUAUUUUUGUUAAAAGGCAUCUCUGAAGAUGGUACUCCUGCUUUUCAUCCCCAUGUUGUCCAGCAAAACGGACUUACAGUUUUGAGGUUCCUUCAAGAAAACUGCAAGCAAGAUCCUGGUGCUUAUUGGCUAUACAAAAGUGCUGGCGAAGAUGUAAUUCAACUUUUUGAUCUUUCUGUUAUUCCCAAGAACCAUACCUCGGGUGCUUGUGAUGACAGCUCAAGCUCCAUUCCCCUAAUUCACAGAGGAAGAAGGGACUCAUUAUUUUCUUUGGGAACUCUCCUGUACCGUAUUGCUCACAGACUUUCGCUUUCAGUGGCAGCUGAUAAUAGGGCUAAGUGUGCAAGCUUCUUUCUAAAAUGUUUGGAAUUUCUGGAUGAGCCAGAUCAUCUGGUUGUGCGGGCAUCUGCUCAUGAACAGUUUGCUAGGCUCAUUUUGAAUUAUGAAGAAGACCUGGAAUUAACAUCUGAAUCUCUGCCUGUCGAAUGUGAAAUUACAGUUAAUGAUGCUAAUGAAGAAUCCACAGACCCAAUUAGUAGUUUUUCUGAACCUGUUGUUCUUGAAAUGGACUCGAUAGUUGUGGAUGGAGAAUUGAGUGAAGAUGGAAUGGCUUUGCAAGGUUUGGUGUCAGAAGCUUCUGUAAAGAGGACUUUGGAAGCAAAUGUGUCUGCUACCAGGAAAUUGAUAGAAUCUGGUGACUUGGAGUUGAGAGAUCAAGAAAGAGACUUGUCAAGUUCUAGCAGUGAUGAAGCUUCUGUAGUGUGUGCAAUGCCUCCAGCGUCAACAAAUGUGUUCCAAACUGUAGCUGAUCCGAUCUCCUCCAAGUUAGCUGCAGUACAUCAUGUUUCACAAGCCAUUAAGUCUCUCAGAUGGAUGCGUAAACUACAGAGCUCUGAACCAGAGAUUUUUCUCCAGGGCAUGGGAAUUGAUGAUGUGUCUCCACCUCUGGAUUUCUCUGUUUGUGCAUGUGGUGAUGCUGACUGUAUUGAAGUCUGUGACAUUCGGGAAUGGCUCCCAACAUCGAAAUUGGACCAUAAGUUGUGGAAACUUGUUCUUCUGCUUGGAGAAUCAUAUUUGGCGCUUGGACAAGCUCAUAGGGAGGAUGGGCAAUUGCAUCAAGCUUUGAAGAUUGUAGAAUUAGCAUGUUCUGUUUAUGGUUCCAUGCCUCAGCAUCUUGAGGACACAAAAUUUAUUUCCUCAAUGACUAAAAGCUUGUUACCGCAAAUAGCAUUCAAUGAUAGAAGUAAAAGGACUAGAUCUUUUGUUGGUGAUUUGAAAGAAAUGAAAUCAAGUGCCAAUGAUGAUCGUCUUACUUUUGAGCAAUUAUCAUGCACAUAUCUCUUCUGGGCUAAGGCUUGGACACUAGUUGGAGAUGUUUAUGUUGAAUUCCAUAGGAUAAAGGGUACAGAGAUAUCAAUACAAGCAGAGAGCAAAACUUCUACCAGGGAGUUAAGAAUGUCUUCGGAGGUAGUCAAAGAAGUCCAAAGGCUGAAGAGAAAGCUGGGUCAGUAUAACCAGAACUGCAGUUCAUGUUCCUUGGUAAAUUGCAGCUGCCAGAGUGAUAGGGCCAGCAGUGGAAGCAGCGCGAGUAGUAGCAGUGGAGAUAAACGGUCAGUUGCAUAUGGCAGAAAACACAGUAAGAGAUCAUAUGUUAAGAAUGCUACAUACUCACUUUUGGAAGAGCCUAAAGAUGCUUGUGGUAAUCAAAAGGAUGAGAUUGGAAAGAGUUCUGAUAACAGAAAUUUUCAACUCAACAAAGGUGGUGAUGCACUAGUGGGAGCAGAAGAGUCAUUGGAAACAUGUAAUGUGGAGUUCACAGUGCCUGCACGAGCUGAAAUUGCUUUGAGAGAAGCUCCAAAAGCGAAGAAUGGUGGGAUAUUUAAAUACCUUGAGGGUCCUAUCGCCGGAGAUGUAGAACACAAUCUCUCAGCUGCACUAAGUUGUUAUGAAGAAGCUAGGAAGGCAUUGGGUGGACUUCCUACUGUUUCAGAAGAACUGCAAUCUGUUCUGAAAAAGAAAGGGUGGGUUUGGAACGAACUAGGUCGAAUCAGGCUUGAAAGGAAAGAAUUGGACAAAGCUGAACAUGCUUUUGCUGAGUCUAUAAAUGUGUUUAGAGACGUUUCUGACCACACCAACAUUAUUUUGAUUAACUGUAACUUGGCUCAUGGCAGACGAGCAUUGGCUGAAGAGAUGGUAUCAAAGGUUGAAGGUUACAAAAUACAUACAAUCUUCCGUAAUGCAUACAAACAAUCACUGGAGACUGCAAAAUUGGAAUACAGUGAAUCACUCAGAUAUUAUGGGGCAGCAAAGUCGCAUCUGAAUACUAUUGUGGAAGAUGCUAGUUCAGUGUCAGACAGCUUGAGGAAUGAAGUGUAUACACAGUUUGCUCAUACCUAUUUGAGGCUUGGCAUGCUUUUGGCGAGAGAAGAUACAACUGCUGAAGUUUAUGAAAAUAGAGCCUUGAAACAGCCAGAUGUUCCUUCUGAUAGAAGAUCUAGGAAAGAAUUGAGGAAGCAUGAGAUAUCAGCCAAUGAUGCAAUUAGAGUGGCACUAUCUGUGUAUGAAUCAAUGGGAGAUUUACGCAAACAAGAGGCUGCAUAUGCCUAUUUUCAACUUGCUUGCUACCAAAGGGAUUGCUGUUUGAAGUUUUUGGAAUCAGAUCAUGAGAAAAACAACUUGCCUAAAGGGGAAAAUAGCAUUGGCCAGAGGGUAAAGCAAUAUGCUUCCCUGGCUGAGAGAAACUGGCAGAAAGCUAUGGACUUUUAUGGUCCCACGACACAUUCCACCAUGUACCUCACUAUUCUAAUAGAGAGAUCAGCUCUUUCAUUCAGUCUUUCCUGCUCUUUUCAUUCAAAUGCAAUGCUGGAAUCAUCACUAUCUCGCCUACUUGAAGGACGACAUCUAUCUGAAAGCUUUUCUAAAUCUUUGUCAACUGACUAUCCUGAGAUAUACACCAAAUUCUGGAAUCAGAUGCAAAUGCUUUUGAGAAAAAUGUUAGCGAUGUCACUUCCUGCUAGUUCAAACAAAUCUUCUCCCACUACCCAGCCAAAUCCAUCCACUCAGUCUGGGGACGCUGGAAAGCUCAGGGAGCUUUACAAAAUGUCGUUGAAGUCCACUGAUGUGCAUGGAUUACAUGCUAUGUAUUCCUUGUGGACAUCAUGAUCAGAAAAUCACCUUUAGAUUAUUAAACUAUUCUUUCAUCUGAAUAUAGAAACUUUACAUGGUUGCUAUAGUUAAAUAUACCUGUAUAUACUUUGAGGGUACUGAUCUUGGAAGUUUUUGCAAGUAAAAUUUUUCACUCUUCAUUUAUGUUUGUUGUGGUAGACUUCAGGAGAACUUACACCCAGUGAGCCCUCCUCUUUUCGAGGCACUGAGGCCAUACGGUACGCCCGUAUUCGUUCAAUAUUAAUUCUGUUCUUGACUGGUUGAAAGCU